AUGCCUAGACUUUAUGGUAUCUAUAAAGAUACUAAUACUGUUGAAAGUUUCGAAGAUGUCAUAAGAAAAAAAUCUCGAGCUACACAUAUUUUACAACGUGCAAUUGGAUUUAUCAGUGUGAAUGACGAAUCAAAAGUAGAAAAACUUAUUCACAAAAAAUAUCCUGCACCAGAAUAA